UUUUUCACGCCAUCGCUGCCUAACGUGCAUUCCCCUUCCAUCCGCUGCAUCCUGCAUCCUCUGCGUUCUGUCUGCCUCUCUCGCCCCCUCUCGAUCUCCGACGACUGGUGGCCCGCCGGCCGCCGGCCGCCGCCGCCGCCAUAAGCCAGGUCCUGAGGCUUUACUCGGUCUCUUCGCCGGCGACUAGCACCCACCAGCAAUUUGACAAGCCUGAUCCGCCCCUGAUUACAAGUUAUUGGGUGUACAUGUGUACACCCAUGUCCUUCACUGUGUCCGCCCCUGAGCCUUCCGAUCCCAACACGAAACCUGCGAAAAAGCAGACUCGACAAUGGGCUGCGUGGACACACCAAGAGGAGGAGAAUUUCUUCAAUGCACUGCGGCAAGUAGGAAAAAACUUUGACAAGAUUACACACCGUGUUCAGAGUAAAAACAAGGACCAGGUCAGGCAUUACUAUUACCGUCUUGUUCGACGCAUGAAGAAGCUACUGGGUCCUAGGUUCUCGCUUGAUGCAAAAAACUCCAAGGAUACCAUUGCUGCUAUGCUUCGCUGGUGGUCUCUGCUUGAGAAAUUUAGCUGCAGUGCAUCAAAGCUGCAUCUGAAGCCUCGGAGGUUCAAAACAUUUAUAGAAGCAUUGGGAAAACAACUGCUAAAGGACAGAAAUAAGUCCAGGAGAAAGCGUUCACGAGUGGAUAUGUGCCUACCUUCUCCAUCUCCAAUUAUCAGCAAGGCUCCUGGGAAUGAGACUCCUCCUGUAAAGUUCCUGCCAGUAGAUGCUCAAAAUGGUAGCAGAGUAGCAUCUUCUAAAGGGACAAUUUUCAAGCGGGUUGCUGAACCAAUUUCUAACAAGUCAGGAACAACUAAAGGGGACCUCUCUGCCACAAGAACCGUGAAACAAAAAAGGAAGGCAGGUGGCGCUGUUGCUUCUGCUGCAUAUAAAAAAUGGGAGAGAGCAGCCAUGGCUGGUGUUUCUUUAGUUGCUGAUGCAGCUGAGGAGCUCGAGCGCAACACAAUUAACCCAGGCAUUUUAUGUAAUGUUGAUGCAAGAACACUGACUUCAUCAUCAGACAGACUUCCUACUGCUGAUGCAGAUACAGGUAUCAGCACAAAUCAUAUGAAGGAAGCAGAUUCACAAACACCUGUGAAGCUGAAGCUACAGUUAUUUCCAAUAAAUGAAGCUACUCGGAAGGCAUUGGAGAAGGAUGACCAUAAUCCUCAUCUAGAGCUCACAUUAAGCUCUAGGAAGAAAAUAUCAUCUGUGCUAGAACAUCUAAACCGAAAAUGGGGUAACUCAAACAUCGCAUCUGGAGAGCUUAUUCUUUUUCCAUAUUGUGCUAAUCAAGAGGAUUUGGCUACAUAUCAGAGGUGGACAACAAGAGAUGCUGUUGCAGUAGCUGAUGUGUUUCUUUCUGUGAAUAGCCCUUCUGUUUUCCGUUUAAGGUAUGGUUGGUUUUCCCUUGUUGAGCUUGGAGCAGGAGUAAGUGAAAUAUCUUUAACCCAUUUUGAGGAUUGCAUGAUACCAGAAGUCAUCCAAGUCAAAUCGCCAUCAGGAGAUAAGGCUUGUGUGCAAAAGGAUGGUACUUUGCUCAGUAAUUGCACUCAUGAGCAAUAUCCUUGUAGUUCAGUGUUAUUGCAUAUGACACCAUCUAGUACAGGCAAGAACUCUGAGCUUCCAGAUCAGCCAACUAAUGUGCCCCGCUCUCAGUUUGGCAGCCAAAAGCAAGUGCAGGUUCCUGUAACCCAAGCUUUUGAGGAUGAUCAGGGAACGAAUUGUGUGGCAAUAUCUGAAGUAGAGUGGGCAGAUACCCUGACAGAUAUCAGUGUUGGGCACUUACUGACAGAAGCAUCCAAAGGCGCUCAUUUGGAUUGCAUAGGGACUAGUGUAAAAAAUCCUUUGUUUCUUGAGAAUACAUGCAGUUAUGACUCGUUUGAUGCUGCUGUUGCCCUUCAUGCUUCUCGUUAUCAAGCAUCUGAGCAGCCAGCCCAUGCUCCCCAUUCAACCAUAUGGGGAGCAGAAGAAACAUGUGAUGAGUUCAGCUUUAAUUUGUCAGCCUCCAGGAAGCAAGAAGGCUCAAACACUCCUAGCAGCUCUCCUGAUACGGACAAUGAAGUCCAUCCCUCAAGUUCAGAAGGAUUUCAAGGUUUUUUUCAGGACUUGACUGGAGAGGAUGAUGCUGAUAAUCCUUAUAAUGAUGAUGCCAAAGACGAAGAGGAGUUGUGUGCUAAAUCACCACCUCAAAAUGAUGAAACUAAUGAGUUGAAGGAUCAAUCUUUAGCUGACAUAUAUUGGCCUGAUUCACUCGGACCACUGGACUUGGACAUACCGUCUGUGAGAUAUCAAGCUGAUGACAUACUGAUAGGGGACAGUCAAAAUAGUUGGAACCGCCUGAUGGCAAAUAGCCUCGAUGCAUUUCGAAACCUUUCAUUCUUCUCAGAUAAGAAUGACUCGAUUCCAUCGAUCAUGUAGAACUGGGGAUGUUAGGGCUUCCACGAUUUGCUGUGUUGGCUAGGAAGGAACCUCCAAUGCUGCAUACGUGAGCUGUUUGUUGCUAAUACGAGUAUCCAAGAGAUGCGGAUUUGAUGCAUACGUGAGGGGCUCGUGCUGUUGUAAGAUAGCAUAACGGAUGUGCUAACCUGUACUCCAUGUAAUUAUGGUGUCCUUGUACAUAAAGCACAUACAAGCACUUGGUUACAAGUAAAGCUUCUGGGGUCGUGUAUAAGAUCAGUUUGCCUAAUGGCCAUCAAAUAUUGUGCACUUUUUACAUCUAA